AUGGCGGUCUCCCUCGACCUCGGCAAGCUCAUUCACGAUAGCAAGCCCGAUGGCCACCUUAUCACCAACCUCAAGGUCGCUCGCAUGACCCCGGAAUAUGUCACGCGCAAGGAUCUCGAGAACCUCAAGGCGGAUAUUGAGACAUACCUCGGGAAGAUCAGGUUUCUAACGGUGCACAUCAUCGAUAUACUUGCGCAAAAAAUCAAGGAUCUCCAGGCCGAGAUCAGAUCCAGAGAGCCAUGA